AUGGGCCCUUGCACGGAUGUCGUCUUGUCGGUUGGCUCGAGCUCUCUCGCCUUCUGCUGGACCGGCGUCCGCCGUGAUGAUGCCACAGUAUUUUCUAACCAUAGCGCCUGGAAUGCCGCUAAACUUAAGAGGUGA